UUCCGGUGAAGCCUCCUUUUCGGCAGCGGCUAUAUCCUCGCCAACAUGCCACUCGCAAAGGACUUGUUGCAUCCAUCCCCUGAGGAGGAGAAGAGGAGGCACAAGAAGAAGCGUCUCGUCCAGAGUCCAAACUCCUACUUUAUGGAUGUGAAGUGUCCAGGAUGUUACAAGAUCACGACGGUGUUCAGCCACGCUCAGACAGUGGUGCUGUGUGUGGGCUGCUCAACAGUUCUCUGUCAGCCAACUGGAGGCAAAGCGCGUCUCACAGAGGGGUGCUCAUUCAGGAGGAAGCAGCACUAGCUGUGGUCCCUGGAGCUGAAAAGGGAGAGGAGGGGAUGGACCGGUGGAUAUCAGCGUCUUGACCCAGCUGUCUGAUCCGAAGAGAUAAGAACGAGGCCCCGAAGACUAAUUGGACGGCAGAUGAACUUCCAAUGUUCAUGUUGACAGAUCGGUGGUUACUGUAAUUCCACCCUCCAACCCUGUCUCUCUUUAAUAAAUAGUUUUGGCUGAAA